GGCGUCGGUUUUGUGAGUACGUUAUACACAACGCUCGGUGGAAUAAAAGCUGUUAUAUGGACAGAUGCACUUCAGGGUGCUUUCAUGUAUGUGGGUCUGUUUACGCUCAUUAUCAAAGGCACCAUCGAAGUUGGUGGCAUAUCGAAAGUUUUCGAGACAAGUUAUGAAACGGGAAGACUCACGAAAGCUAUGGCACGAUUCAGUCCGACACCGUUUCAGUACCAAAGCGUAUGGAUUAUGUUGUUUGGUACGUUUAUGGAUUGGAUGUCAUAUUAUGGACUCAAUCAAAUGGCACUUCAGCGCUAUUGUUCGAUGCCAUCCUUGAAAAAUGCUCGUAUUGUCAUGGCAAUGACUGUGCCCGCGUUCACUCUUAUUGGAUGGAUGUGCUGUUACAUUGGUUUACUGAUGUUGACGUAUUUUUCCGGAUGUGAUCCACUUCUCACCGGUGAAGUGUCUACGAAGGAUGAAAUGAACGUAUUGAUGGCCACUAGAAUUCUAAGUUUCUUACCGGGAUUUCAAGGCUUGUUUCUGUCAUCGUUAUUCUCAUCGACGUUGAGUACAGUCUCCUCUGGGAUGAACUCAAUGACAGCCGUUAUCUAUGAGGAUUUCAUCAAGGGUUCAACGCAUAGAGCAAUUAAAGACAGAAAUUCGACUUGUGUGAAUCGAAUGAUAACACUGGUUAUUGGCAUUCUAACGACGGCUCUUGCGUUUGCAUGUCAAGUACUCGGUGGAACAUUCAAUGCGGCUACCUCAACUCUGGGCGCAACGGCUGGUCCGUUAGCUGGUGUUUUCUGUCUUGGAAUCUUCUUCCCGAAGGCCAACAAAUAUGGCGCUUUCAUUGGUUUAGCAUGCUCAAUACUGCUGACAGUGACAUGCUCGACCUCAUACAAUAUUGUAAGGCAAUACGAUGACUACAUGUAUCCGUUGCCAACUGAACGAAGUCCUACGUGUUCGAAUCUUUCGAUGUCGAAAAAUCCAUACUUGAACUUGAACAACUCGGAAACAUUCCACGAUCGAUCGGAUCUUCAUUUCGGUCGAUCAGGCACGCUCAUAUUCUCUCAAGUGUCAGUGUUUUUAUACGCUGCAAUAGGUGUUUGUAGCGUUUUCGUGAUUGGCGCCAUCGCCAGUCUUCUGUUACCCUAUAACGCUGAUCCGGCUAAGAGGCGGAUGGCAUAUGCCUGUACAUAUAAGGGUUUGAAAGUACCGUUCCGACGAGUGAAUCGCUCGACCAACUACAAAGUUAAUCUCGACCAAAUAAAACCUCUCGAUAAAAGCUGA